AUGGAAACGCCCGUUCUCAGUGUGAUUAUCAUUCGUAUUGGCCUUCCUUCACCCCGAAAGCUUCUCGUAUUAAGCGCCGAUAUUGGUGAUCUACAAAUAGCAACCAUCGAUCUGGGUGAAAUAUCCUCUAUGAGGCCACGAUCUCAUCAAUUGGAGUCGAUCUUUGCUUUCUCAGUGGAGGAGUCAUAG